AUGCCUUGUUCACCAAUAUCACCGACUGUCGGGAUCACCACCGAAGCUCUGGACUUAUACCGUGUAGCACAUCUUAGGAGCCCUCAAUUGUCUAUCCAGGCUUUCGUCAAGACUAUGUGCGACUUACAUGGUGUUAGUUUCCACAGACAUCUAUCUCGACAAUUCUCGAUUGCGUUCGAUUUAUAUCUUCAAGUUCGACGCUCCGUGGCAGCCAUGGUAGCCGAAUCGUUACGACACAACACGCCUGAUUGGCACGUGAAACACGCCUGUCCCGCAUGUACAUAUAAACUGACGGAUGAACCCGAGUUGACAUUUAGCUUACUCUACGCUAUGGACGGUAACGACUCUUUAAAAAGAGUCCUUCGAAGAUCCUUGGAUACUGACGAGUCCCUCGGUACAUCUUCAGAACUUCCAACAGGGCAGCAACUGGCAAGUGACCGCUACCUAUCCCGCACUUUUGUAGAUCAGUUCGCGCGGGACUCCACUACUGCAGGUGAUGAGGACGCACAUCUCGAGAACUUGUGCGAAGCACGCUGGAAGAACAUGGACGAUACGAAGACCAAGAAAGCAUGGGGCAUUUACGAUGAAACGGGCAUUUUUGUGGCCGUGUGCCGCCACGGAUUCUCUCUCCUUGUUGCAGAUAUGGUACAGAGCGGGGAGCUCGCAAAGUAUCCUCUAGCCAUUGUCUCAAAGUUGCUGGACGUAUUUGGAAGCAAUCUGGGCGGUGGAUAUGACAUUGGAUGUCAAUUCAAGACCACGCUUGACAACAGUUCCCUCGGACCCCUCGCACGGUCUAUGCAUCACACUUGUCUUGUCGGCGCCUUCCACGGACAUGCGCACCGGCGAUUGUGCCAACUGUACUCGCUUACCACUUACAUCAAAGGUUUAGGACUCGAAGAUCUCGAGACUUGCGAACAGACGUUUUCAAAAUCCAAUUCCUUAGCGUCGGCACUACGGUACGCAAGCGUCUUCCAUAGACAACAGGCCAUCGACACCUACUUCGAGCACAAUGAUGAUUUUGAAGUCUACGCUAAUCUUUCCGACUUUUUAUACAACAAUUACAAGCAGGCGCUUGAUAUCUUGAGCGACGGAGACGCGACCCUACCAAACCUUAUGCGAGAUCUCAAAGUUACGGACGUAGCAGUUUUCGAGGGCUGGCUGGCGGAAGAAAAGGUAUAUCUUCAAAGUCUGACGCGAGAACCCGAGGUCGAAACUCUGCAGAUGGAAUAUUGGCAGAAGUUAAAUACUCGCAACGCUGAGACUGCCCAACGGCAUGCUUUGGAGGACCAUGAGAGAUAUUUGAAGCUCGUCCAGGCACUGGAGUGCAAGCUCGAGGUCGAGAAACGCUGGACUCCGCACGAUGGAGAGUGGCAGAGGGUUGGGAGGCUCGUGGCCAAUCGGAAAUACCAGCGUGCCCUGGACCGUCUCGAAGGAUUAAUUGUGGCACGCAUAUUUGAGCUAACGAGGAUGAACCGUGCGGGCACAGGCUACAAACUGCGAAAGCAUAUCGCUAAGGCGUUACAAAUGUGUUCCGUCGCCAUCAGAACUGCCCUCACCACAUACAACACUAUUGCUGGGUCAAUGCACCCUCCCCGCCGGACGCUUAAGUGGGAUGAGGUCGUAGAGUAUGCGUUCCUCGCAGACUUCGACUUACUACGUGAUACGUGCACGGACAUAUCUCGACACCCGUGGUCAUCGACCGCUGCUUGUAGCGUGAUGGACCUCUACUUCAAAACGUGUCGUGCUUGUGAAGAGAUCGAGCGUCUCGAUAUUGAGGUACGACGCCUCAUUACCUAUAUACGCGAUGAAGAGAGGUAUCUACGGGAAUGCGAGAAUCAGUUACAAGCCACCAGCCCAGCCCUUGCACAUCAAAUCGCCAUCCACCGAAACACUCGAGGUCGCUUCAACUCACGACAUCUCAAACGACUCUACGACAUUUCGAAGCUUCCAGGUUUCAGAGGGACGCUAACCCCUGGUGUCAGUGCGAACACAAGUCCCGGCGAGAGCGCGAGUAUAGCUAAUGCACAGAUCCCCACCCGCAUGAUUGUUCAACCCCCGCCUGUUCAUCACACCGCAUCGUCCUUAGCCGUAGACACCCAGGAUGACCUGGAUGAUGAGGAGGAAGAGGACGAGGUAGUGGAGCAAGUAUCUAGGAGUUUACAGGACGUCCUCCUUGUUGCGGAUGACUUUUCACGCCUUGGAAUUCAUGGUGAUGCUGAGGAGUAG